AUGUACUAAACGUUCAUGAUUAUUUCCUAAAACAAAUGGCAUCUACUUGGUGUCUUCAGAACUACCUCAAGUUUAUUUUAGAUAAUCUUGAGGAAGAGCUGGUUGAUUUUGAUCAAGCCUAUUCGCUUUUUGUAGAGAACUUGGAACUAAUAAAUCAAACCGCUUGUGUUCCUCUUCCAGUCAAAUCUUUUUGUAAACACUAUCUCAUAUGGCUAAAGUCCUCUGCAGGUGUUGCAACUAUCGAGGUUUGUCGCAACUAUAUCAAUAACAAAAAACCAAAACCACCAAAAACUCCUCUACAAACUCGGCGAUUAAAGGAUUUAAUUUCACCUGAGAAGCGACCAUUGGAGAAUCAGGAACUUCAGAAUUAUUCCAAAGAAAUAUCCGUCAUAUGUGCAUUUGGAAUGAAUACAGAAAAGUUGAUAAAGGAAAUUGGCGAAGAACUAUUUGGGAAAUUGUCCUCUGUACAUUAUGAAAAUCCAUCCAUUUGGACGCCUGCCCUAGAGCAAUAUAUAGACACUACUCUUAUGAAAACUGGGAAUGAUUUCAGGGAGGCAGUUCUACAUCGUGUAUCAGACGUUGGAAACGAGUUGUUCAAGAUGUACUGCGAGAAAGUUCUUCUCGAUUU